AAAGGAGUGAUUGCAUAUAUAUGCCAGGGGGAGACUGUCCACCUCGCACGCCACAACCAUCAUCAUCCCUGACUGUCGUGCUGCCGCCGCCAUCUCGUGCAUCGCCAUUAUCCCACCAUCCGCCCCGCGCCCACUCUCCCGGCCCUUCACCAGCACCAGCACUGGCGCGAGGCGGCGGCCCAGCGCCGGCUAUCUACGGCCGCGUCGACAGCAGUGACAGCUCCGACGCACUCAUGACGGCCAAGGGCGACCGCCACCACAGCAGCAGCUCCGGCAGCGCAUCAUGUGUGGUCGAGCUCGAGAUACUCCCGGAGAUACGAGUGUCACCGCCCAGCAAGGGCGGCGCUGAUACUGUUGGUGCGGUGCCGGCGAUAGGGCCCAUUUUGAUCUCUGGGGCGGGGUUCCUGGCGGACGCGUAUGACCUGUUUGUCAUCGACCUGGUGCUGGAUAUCCUGGCGCACGAGGGGAGGGGUCCACGCCCACAGACGGCGGCAGACAAGGGGGUGGUCGCGUCGGCCACACUGGCGGGGGCCGUCAUCGGCCAAAUAGGUGAGUGAGGAGGGACGAGAGAGGGAGAAAGAGAGAGAUAGGAGGAUAGAGAGAGAGGCCGCGUCUGACUGGACUGCCCGCUGUCCCUCGUCUCUCUCUCUUAUGCAGGUUUUGGUUUCUUUGCCGACUGGGUGGGUCGGCGUGUUAUGUUCAUCACAACUGCCAUCUUGAUUGUUCUGGGGGCCGUGCUGUCGAGCGUCGUGCAGUGGGGCAGCAUCGCGGGGAUGGGACUUUACGGGCAGCUGGCCCUCUGCCGCUUCCUACUGGGGCUGGGCAUCGGGGGCGAGUACCCGCUCUCAGCCACUGUCAGCUCUGAGAGUGCGGCCACGAGACGGAGGGGCCGCACCGUCGCCAUGGUGUUCUCCAUGCAGGUGUGAGCGAGGGAUGAGAAGAGAGGCAAUCAGAUAUUGUCUGUAUGCCGAGUGAUAUGUGGAUGUGUGCAGGGUGUGGGGAUGUUGUUGUCGCCUGUGUUGGUGUGGAUCUUCCUUAGUGCCAAUAUGAGCCUCGAGAGGACAUGGCGGACUGUCCUGGCGCUGGGAGCACUCCCCAGUGCCCUUGUGCUCUACUUCAGGUCCAGCAAAUGGCCCACAACGACACCAAACCACACCCUGAUGUCACUUCAUUCUCCUUCUAAUGUCACGCCAUGCAGGUGGCGAAUGGAAGAAACGAAGCUCUUCCGGCAGGCCGCCUCGCGAGCGGCCCCCCGCCCCCACCACAGCACCAUCUCGCCCAUAACAAGACAGUGGUCGCGACUGCGCAGCCGCGGGGAGGCCUUUGCGGCGCACUUGAGGAGGUCUUGUCGGAUAGUCGGCACCUACUGGCGGCCCCUGCUGGGGACGACCCUCUCCUGGCUCCUCCUUGAUGUGACCUUCUAUGGAAACGGGUCGUUCAAGAGCAGCGUUGCGGAAGCUUUCAGGCCGGGAGACGAACAGACGAGUGAGUGACUGAGGAGCAGGGGAGAAGAGGCACACCACUAUGUAUGUGUGCGUCCUUGUGCAGAGCGUCAUGCGAUAAUGGCUGACGCGUCGUUUGGCGUGCUGGUGGCCCUGAUAGCCAUCCCGGGGUACCUCUUGAGUGUGUGCUUCAUCGACCAGAUCGGCAGGCGGCGGCUGCAGCUGUGGGGCUUUGUCGCCAUGGGGGUGUUCUUCGCCCUCCUGGGCAUCGAGCAGAUUGCAGGCGGUGGAAUCCUGUCCCUCGAGCUGAUUCUGUUUGGCGGCACUUUCCUGUUCAGCAACUUCGGCCCCAACACCACCACUUUCAUCAUCCCCGCAGAGGUGUACCCCACUCUCAUUCGUGCCACCUGCCAUGGUGAGAGAGGGAGGGAGGGAGGGAGGGAGGGAGGGACCACGUGACCACACACCAGACACAGGGGAUGAACGGGUCAUGUAUCAUUCUUGGUGCAGGUCUGUCCGCGGCGUCGGGCAAGAUGGGUGCCGUGAUCGGCACCGUGGCCUUCACCCCCCUGCAGCAGGCCCUGGGCCUCGGCCCCCUACUCAUCAUAUGUGCCAGUGUGGCCGUCAUCGGCGCCGUUGUCACCCUCCUCUUCACCGACGACCAGGAGGUCGACCUCACCCUGCUCGACAGAGACGUGCCCAUCAACGACGAGAGCGACAAGGACGGCAACGGCCUCGGCAGCCCAUCGGAUGGGCGGCCGCUCCGUGCUGAGAUGGAUCUGAGUCUGUCUGACGAUGAGGAGGACAGCAGCAUCCAGCAGGCCAUGGGGGGGACAGCCAUGGCGGCGUAUGAGGGUGGUGAGUCCCCGCGGAGCCCUCAGCGUUUCGGGCGGGGGGACAGCUCAGAUCUGGACAGCAGCCCUGCCAGCGGGAGGCUGGCAAGGGAUGACAGGCCUUUCCGAGGGGCAUAAGUGUAGUGGUUGGUCUGUGUAUUCGAUGGAUGAAUCCUUUUGUGCCCAAGUGCGUGUGUGAGUUGAGUCGAAUGCCUCUGUGAGUCAGUGCCUUCUUCAUGUCGAUUUUGGCGAGUUCGUGCGAGUUAGUGUGUGUCUUUGUACAUGUUCAUAGGACACGCUUUGGCCGACAAUGUAAUUCGUCAAAAGCGUUCGAUUC